ACCACCUCCCGGGGGGCAUGUGUGUUUGGAGAUAUUUGGAGGUUAAUUUGCACAUGUUUACCACUAAAGUUGCUCUGAAGGUGUUGUUGUCUUUUUAUUCAAGUUUAUCGGGGUUUUUUUGUGGAUUUAUUGGUGAUUUAUUUGACGGAGAGGAGAGUUCGCCUCCGAAAUGGCAGCAACAGUGCCCCAAGGCAAAAGCUGGAAAGAGCACAACAGAAUCCACAAAGAGAAGCGUAAAAAAUGGCGGGAAGAGCGCCUAGUAAAAAAAUCUAAAAAAGAGACAGAGACAGAAGUGAAAGCCGAGGAGAAACCCCAGAAGAAACCCGAGAAGAUUCAGAUGUCGACCCUGAGCAUCGCAGUUCCAGGAUCAGUCCUCGAGAACGCUCAGUCCCCAGAGCUGAGGACCUACCUGGCUGGACAGAUAGCACGUGCUGCCUGCAUUUACAAAGUCGACGAGGUGAUUGUGUUCGACGACCAGGGGGAGGUGACAGAGGGUGACAAGAAGAAACUGAAGAAAGACGAACAGCUGGGGGAGGCCAGGGCGGCCUGCCUCCAGCUGGCGAGGAUCCUGCAGUACCUGGAGUGCCCCCAGUACCUGAGGAAGUUCUUUUUUCCACUGCACAAGGACCUGCAGUACGCAGGGGUUCUGAAUCCUCUGGAUGCACCACAUCACCUGAGGGCUAGCGAUGUGUCGGUGUUCCGGGAGGGGGUGGUGACGAAUAAGCCGAUUAAAGCUGGCAGGGGGUCGCAGGUGAAUGUGGGACUGCUCAAUGAUGUCCAUAUUGACAAGAUGCUGACGCCUGGGCUGAGGGUCACCCUGAGAAUCCCCCUGGAUCAGGAUAAUCCUAAGAGAUUGAAAGGGACUGUGGUUGCGCCAACAGUUCCACGCUCUGAAACCGGAAUAUACUGGGGGUACACAGUGCGCCUGGCCUCGAGCAUCACCGAGGUAUUCUCGAGAUGCCCCUACGAGAAGGGGUACGACCUCACAAUAGGAACAUCUGACAAGGGGUCAGCCAUCGACGAAGUUCCCUCGAAGAGUCUAGAGUACAACCACGGACUAGUGGUGUUCGGGGGUCUAGCGGGUCUGGAGGCAGCUCUCGAGGCCGAUCCGUGCCUCAGCAUCGACGACCCAAGCCUCCUCUUCGAUAAAUACCUGAACACCUGUCCUGAACAGGGGUCCAGGACCAUCAGAACCGAAGAAGCCAUUCUAGUUUCCCUCUCCGAAGUCAGGGGCAAAUUAAAACCCAAACAUCCUGCACUCUCCAACCCACAAUUCCCAGUUCAUAACGAACAACAGUCACAUGCACCCAAUUCUGAUGACAAAAGCAGUAGAACGAAAAAUUCUAACGAAAAAAAUGAGAAGAAAACGAGGAUUUAUCACUCAGACUCGAGUGGAGGCGAAUGAUAAUGUUGGAGUCAACGAAAUACGAGAGAUGAUUUUAUUACGAGAAUAAUAAACCUUAUUUUUAUUCUGAGA